CCAAGCCACUGCUCUGACGCUAUCAAUAGUGUCAGGAGGAGACAUGGCUCUUCGAUAACAAGCACGAUGGGAAGGAUAGUUCUUGUUGUUUUUCCUGUUCAUUUUUCUCUGAGAUCUCCUUGCUAUCAGUCGCUAAGAUGAAAUCGUCCUCUCUUUUGGUAGUGUUGGCGCUGGCCGCCGCUGUGAGCGCUCAAUCGGCACCUGAUUUCCCUGUGCAAGUCGACACGGAAUUAGCAGUGGAUUUCCAGAGCUCCUCGACCAGCUUCAUCGACCCGGGUCAAGAAAUGUCUCUGGAUGACGUUCAGGAUGCACCAACAGUAUCUGGACCACAAGGCUCGACCAGGACGCUGACUUAUAUGCUGUUCAUGGUUGACCAAGAUGUCAAAUCGGAUGACGGAACGCGCGUGCAACUCCUUCACUUCUUCCAGCCCAAUCUUGCUGGUGCAUCUGAAGUGCUCUCCGACUUCUCAACAGAUGCCGACAACGCCACCACAGCAGGGACUGUCGAGUACAUUGCUCCAAGCCCACCAGCAGGUGACGGCCCUCACCGAUACACUCUCUUAUUAUAUCGACAAUUCGAAGAUUUCUCCAUUCCAGACGAAUUCUCGUCUUUCUUCCCACCUGCUAAUACCCAGGCGAGAAUCGGCUUCGACAUGGCAGGAUUUGCCAAAGCGGCUAACUUGCCCGCGCCUGUUGGCGCCAACUGGUUCCAAGUCCAGAACGGCGAGGCUGCACCUUCGAGUACUACUAGCUCUGAGACAUCCGGCAGCACGACCGUGACGGAGACUACAUCGACCUCCAGCACAGAGACGGUCGUGACUACGAGCUCCGAGACUACAGCUAGUACGACCGCGACGGAGACUGCAUCAACUUCCGGCACAGAGAUUGUCACGAUCACCACCUCCAGCAGCACCGAAACGGCCGAGGCGACUGCGACAGCUACUGCUACAGCUACAGGAGGGUCUUCUCAGGCCACAUCUUCAUCCAGCGAAACAGCCAGUGCCACGUCAGCUGGCUCUAAUGCUGCCAGCUCCGUUGAUGUGCGGAAUAGCUUGACGGGAUUGAUCGUUGGGCUCUCGUUGAGCAUUGUUGGAAUGUGGUUCUAGAUGAGCAACGGCCUAGUCUGUGACGUCGAACUCUGGGCUGGCUGACGCAUUCAGCUCAGCACGGCGCAUUCGCAUUGCGGUGGCUGCGAUUAUAUAUUAUGCUAGUAAUGGGCAGG